AAGAAAUUAAAGUUAAAAUUAAAAAUUAUUGAUAUAUGAUUGAGUUUGCAUUUUGCAAAGAUAUUUUUUGGAUGUAAUUUUCUUUAGACAAUAUAAAUUAGAUUGGUCAACAAGAUGAAGUACUAUGAGAAUAGUACAGUUUUUCAGUUUAACUGGAAUCAAGUAGCUCAUGCAUUUUGGCAGAGAUAUCCAAACCCCAACAGUACCCAUGUUCUUACGGAAGAUACUGUAUCAAGAAAGGUUAAAAAUGGCAUAUUACAUACUACAAGACUUCUGACAAAAACUAACAGAGUACCAAAGUGGGGAGAGAGAUUUAUUAGUAAAAACGUUAUAAAAAUUAUUGAAGAGAGCACAGUGGAUCCCAAAACAAAAACUUUGACAACAUACACAAGAAAUUUAGGUUACACUAAAGUUAUGAGCAUUGUGGAGAAAGUUGUUUAUAAGGUAUAUGAAGAAAAUCCUAAUUGGACAGUUGCAAAAAGAUCAGCCUGGAUCGAUAGUCAAGUAUUUGGAUUUAGUAGAGCUAUUCAAGCAUUUGGAUUGGAUAGAUUUAAAAAGAAUUGUACUUUGAUGUAUAAUGGGUUCAACUAUGUUUUAGCACACAUGUUUCCACAUACAGCACAAUAUAUGAAUCCAUCACUUUCUCAAAUGGGUUUUGCUCAUCUAAUUGAUGAAGGAAUAAAAACUAGUCUCGCAGAAGACUUUCAAUAUUCGUUACAAGGUAAAGCGGAGAAAGUAAAGGAUGCUGCUAAAAAGGCAACAGAUUUAGCAAAGAAAAGAGCCGGAACGAUUUAUGCUGCGUACCAACCUGAACAGUCAUAAAUCGAACGACAUUACUAAUGUGAACAAUAAUCUAAAGUAUAUUUGGUGAUUAGAAACAAUGAAAGUCAAAAAAACAGUUUCAAAAUAAAUCGGAAGAUAAUUCCUGCAAAUCGACCGAGUGAUGAACAGGAUGAAAUCUUUAAUAAUUAUUCAGCAUCGUCUAAAUUCAUUUUCAUAUUUGAUCAAAUAAGAUUCAUUGUUGAUGAAGUACCAGAGGCGAAAGAAAUUUUUAUUUAAACAAUUUUAGUGCGAUGGUUCCAUGUGAUAUUUUAUCACGUUGUCAUUCCUGUGAACUGCCAGUUCAUAUUUGAUUUUUAAGAUUUAUAUACGACAUUUUUGUGUUAGCAAUUAUUGACGAUGCUAAAUGGUGCGAACAUGGCAAUAUUAUAGUGCGGGUGUAUCAUUAAAUUUAAAGCGAAUAAGGUUGAGAUCAGAAAAUAAAAAAAUUGUGAAUAUAUGUUUUCUUUUGAUAAUGAUUAAUUGUUGUUAAGAACGAUACUAACAAUAGAAAAUGGAACAAAAAAUGCAUAUGAUUUUGUAACAUACAUGUUAAUAUAGUAUUCAUAAGGAAAAUUAAACGAGGGUUCGAAUGAAUGCAUUCGUUUUAAUAAGAAUUAAAGCUAAUCUCCUUAAACGAGAUUGGUGAUAGAAAAGAAAGUUAGGAAUUGCAAGUAGCACGUUGUAGUAACAACGCCUUUGUGUUGUACUUAAGUAUUGAGCAUUUUUUUACUGAUAUGAUUCAUUUUUCAUCAGUUCUAUACUGAUGUCUGAUGUCUUUCGUAUAUGUAAAAUUGCAAUUAAAAUAUCCCGGUAUAUGAAUAUUACAUAUAAUAAAAGAAAUGAUGUAAAUUACAGAUUAUAUCAUGUUUAUGUUAAAAGAAAUUUUAAUAUAAUAUUUAGUCGACAUUGUAUUUCAUGCAAAUAUUAUGUAGACAAAUUGUACAUUAUUAGUAUGUACAAAUAAACUGUUACCUUAUUAUAAUA